CAAUUCGAUCUCGAUGGACAUGAAAGAGAAGAAAUUGACAGUGACCGGAGACGUGGAUCCAAUAGACAUUGUGCAGAAGCUUCGGAAGGGCUGGUUCACCGAGAUCAUUUUGGUGGGGCCCACAAAAGAGCCGGAGAAGAAAAAGGAAGAACCCAAGAAGUAUGAGGGCAAGAAACAAGAUGCGAAGAAGAAGGAUCCGAACGAUCAGAUUGCCGAGCUUGUCAAUGCCUACCAGGCCUAUAAUCCUCAUCUCACCAUGCAUUACUAUGUCCCGAGCGCUGAAGAGAAUCCAAAUUCCUGUGUUACCUCUUAGAAAGAUCCCAAAGAAAGGAAAACGACAUUGGAAAUAU